GAGGUCUGACAUGGGGCUGGACUGACCACCCUUAGCACAGAGGUCCUAAGGCCGAGGAAAUGAGAAGCCCCUGGCUGCUGCUUCCCCACCCCAAAACUUGCCUGACAGCUUAAACCUUGGCUCAGGAAAGAAGUCAUGUGGAGCCCAGAAUAGCUCCUGCUGGACCUCGUGGCCAGGUCAGGCUCCAGCCGGGGACACAGGGCCCUCUGCAUCUAUUUGUCCGUGUUUCCCUCCUUUUGCCCUCACUCUGCCUGUGGCCUUUACCUCUUCCUCUCCCAGGCUCCCUCCCCACAUGCUCAUGAGCUGGUCCCCAGAAGAGUGCAGGGGGCAGGGAGAGCCCCCCAGUGACAGAUACACCCUCUGUGCCAGGCUGGUGGAGAAGCCCAGCAGAGGGUCUGAGGAGCACCUGGAGGCUGGCCCGAGACCCAUCGUCACUUGCACAGCCUCAGGACCUGCCCUUGCCUUCUGGCAGGCAGUGCUGGCCGGGGACGUGGGCUCUGUGUCCCACAUUCUCUCGGACUCCAGUACUGGCCUGACUCCUGAUUCCGUCUUUGAUACCAGCGACCCAGAGCGAUGGAGGGAUUUCCGCUUCAACAUCCGCGCUCUGAGACUCUGGUCUCUGACAUAUGAAGAGGAGCUGACCACUCCACUGCAUGUGGCGGCUAGUCGUGGCCACACAGAAGUUCUGCGGCUGCUGUUGAGGCGGCGGGCAAGGCCGGACAGUGCCCCUGGGGGCCGCACCGCCCUGCAUGAGGCCUGUGCUGCCGGGCACACUGCCUGUGUCCGUGUGCUGCUGGUGGCGGGAGCAGACCCCAACACCCCUGACCAGGAUGGGAAACGCCCCUUGCAUCUCUGCCGGGGGACAGGCAUCCUUGAGUGUGUGGAGCUGCUCCUGAAGUUUGGGGCACGAGUGGACGGUCGGUCUGAGGAGGAAGAGGAGACAGCUUUGCACGUUGCUGCCCGGCUUGGCCAUGUGGAACUGGUGGACCUGCUUCUAAGACGGGGAGCAUGUUCUGACGCUCGCAAUGCUGAAGGCUGGACACCACUGCUGGCUGCUUGUGACACCCGUUGUCAGUCCCCUGAUGAUGCUGAGGCCACCUCUGCUCGCUGUUUUCAGCUGUGCCGCUUGCUGCUCUCAGCUGGAGCUGACGCGGAUGCUGCCGACCAGGACAAGCAGCGGCCCCUGCACCUGGCCUGUCGCCGUGGCCAUUCUGCCGUUGUGGAGCUGCUCCUGUCCUGUGGUGUCAGUGCCAAUGCCAUGGACUAUGGGGGCCACACGGCCCUGCAUUGUGCUCUGCAGGGUCCAGCCACAGCCCUGGGCCAGAGCCCGGAGCACAUCGUGCAAGCCCUGCUUAACCAUGGUGCCGUCCGAGUCUGGCCGGGGGCCCUCCCCAAGGUGCUGGAGCGCUGGUGCACAUCCCCGAGGACCAUCGAGGUACUGAUGAACACUUACAGGUCCGUGCAGCUACCCGAGGAGGCCAUGGGCCUGGUACCUCCUGAAACUCUGCAGAAGCACCAUCGGUUCUACUCUUCCCUCUUCUCCUUGGUGAGGCAGCCCCGCUCACUGCAGCAUCUGAGCCGUUGCACCCUCCGCUCUCACCUGGAGGGCUGCCUGCCUCAUGCCCUGCUGCGCCUUCCCCUGCCACCCCGCCUGAUCCGGUACCUGCUUCUGGAUUUCGAAGAUGUGCUCUACUAGGUGUGCACUACCUGGAGAGAACCUGAAAGCAGAAGCUCCAGCCUGCAGGGGGGUUCAUCUUUGCAUGGACUCAUGCCAAGUGGCCUUGUCAACAAGAGGUCCAUCUGCAAGGCAGGUGUUGAUGCUACGUGCCCCACCUGAGAGGUGGAGAGAUCAUGGCAGACAGGUGAUGUCUGAUGAGGAGAGGGCAAGUGACACACUCUUUUUGGGGCUCUCCAAAGCCCCACUCUAGUCUAUGCAAACCCUUUACGUGUAUUAAAAAUCUCCAGGCCGAGUGAUUUGGUGCCGUCUCCAACAAGCUUUCCUCAGGCUCCCUCCCUUAAAGGGGAAUUAGGACAGGAACUGGUAAGGGUCCCCAGAUCUGCCUCAUGUGCCUUACUUUCUCCCUUUGUCAUCUAUCACCAGGUCCCAGGCCAACCUGCCCCUCAGGCCCCAUGAACUGAUGAAUGAUCACCAGAUGUGAGCAUGUCAGAAAAGGUCUAAAGGGUGGGCAGGGCCAGAGGCUUGGGUAGGCAGAGCAGAAAAGGGCCCAGAAGGUAAUGAAAGCUUCCUUUGGUGAAGAGGCAGGUAAAGCCACCAGGAGACUCACCUGGGGUGUGUGUGUAGGAGGGGUACUUGCAUGAGUUAGUCUAGUGUGGAGGGAUAACCAUGACUCAGGUGAGAGCAAAAGGCCCAGGUUUAGGAAAACUGAACCACUUUUACUCACUGCUUGAACUGCGGAUCAGAAAGCGUCGCUUGCACACCUGGCCCCUGCCUAAAACUGUUCCUUUCUUAAAUUUAGCUUUGUGGUGACAAAAGCACCAAGCUGUUACAGGACCUGGGUUCUACUCAACUCUACCAUUAACUUGUCCUGUAACAUAAGUAUCUUCCCCUCUGUAGCUCAUUUACAUCUGUAAAAUGAAACAGACAAAGUGGAGUCUCUAGGGACACUGCGGUACCAGGAUUCUAAGAACCUGCAGCUGGGCCCCAGUCCCAGCCGCUGGCGGGUAACCACAGGAGGGAGGGGGAGCUGUGAGGAGCUACAGAGUAGCCAAUCAAGUGCACGGUGAUCCGUGACGUCAAGGGUCGCUGGACAGAGUUCCCAGGCUUCAGCUUACACAACUUUCCUGCCAGCUGCUGAGAG